AUGGCCGCAACCACCGAUAUGACUAUGAGGACACCGGGAGGUGUCCCGCGAGCCACACCUGGGCGCGGUUCGCCAGCGCGUGCCCCUAGCGCACUCGCAGUCGUCAACGAUGGACCCGCUCGCGAGAGCGGGGAGCAAAACGAUAAGAUCCUCGCCGCGCUCGCCGCACUCACCGAUCAUCUGGCGAGCCUCUAG